AUGGAGGAUCUAGAAAUUGAAAUCCCGCACUAUUUUCUCUGUCCGAUCUCCCUCCAAAUCAUGAAGGAUCCAGUCACCGCCAUCACCGGCAUCACCUACGACCGCGACAGCAUCGAACAAUGGCUCCAGAACUCCUCCACCGCCACCGCCGCCGCCGUCUGCCCAGUCUCCAAACAGCCGCUCCCGAGAACCGCCGACCUUACUCCCAACCACACGCUCCGCCGCCUCAUCCAAGCCUGGUGCACCCUCAACUCCGUCAACCGGAUCCCAACCCCAAAAUCCCCACUCGCCAAACCCCACGUCACCAAGCUCCUCCGCGAAAUCCUCCACCACGCGCCGCCGUCGGGAUCCCUCCACGCGCUCCUCAAGCUCGACAGCCUGGCCUCCGAGAGCGACCGCAACCGCGCCACCAUCGCCGACGCCGGCGCCGCCAAGGCCAUGGUCUCCCUCGUCCUCAACCCCGAAUUCCGCACCGCCUCCGCCGGCGGUGUGGAGCACGCGCUCCGCGUCCUAAAUCUCGUGUGGAACCACACCCCGGAAACCACCACGAAGCUUCUCGUGAGGCAGAACGAGGGCCCACUCCUCCACUCGCUGACGUGGAUUUUGAACAAUUCAAAUUCAAAUUCCCAACAGAAUCAGACCACGCAGGCAAUGUGCCUCGCCAACCGCGUGAUCGCUUACGCCAGCGCGAGUCUCCUGGAAAGAAUCGAGCCGGAAUUCUUCCGGACCAUCGUGGUCCGGAUCCUGGAGAGCCGGACCGCCUCGAAACAAGCGAGGCGGUCCGCACUCCAGGCGCUGGUGGAGGCGUGCCCGUGGGGGGCGAACAGGGCCAAGAUCGUGGAGGCCGACGCGAUCCACGCGCUGAUCGAGCUGCAGCUCGAUCAGAUGUCGUCGUCCGCGUCCGCGGGGAGCAAGGUCGGGGCGGUGGCGGCGGCGGCGGGGGAGAAGCACGCGACGGAGCUGGCGUUCGACCUGCUGGCUCGGCUGUGCACGAGCGCGGACGGGAGGGAGAGGCUGGUGGGGCACGCGGCGGGGCUGGCGGUGGUGGCGAAGAGGACGCUGAGGGUGUCGGCGGCGACGGACGACCGGGCGGUGCAGGUGCUGGGGAUGGUGGCGAGGUACGCGGCGGGGAAGGAGGAGGUGCUGACGGAGAUGCUGAGGGUCGGGGCGGUGACGAAGCUGUGCAUGGUGAUGCAGGCGGAUUGCGCGGCGUAUUUGAAGGAGAAGGCGCGUGGGAUACUGAGGGAGCACUCGGCGUUUUGGAACAACUCGCCGUGCAUUGCGGUGUAUCUGCUGACGUGGUAUCCCCGGUAG